AGCUGCUCAGAAAUUGAAGCGGCGACUCAGGCUCGAGGACGACGUUCAAGCUUCCAACCCAUUGAGAGGCGAGGAUCUGCCCUUUGGUGGACUUCGAAGAUGCGUCCGAUGUAGCCAAGCCUCAUCAUGUUGGAAGUCAGUCGAGAAUUUCCCGGAGAUGGUCAUGACCCUGUAGCGACCGGAAGUAAGAGACCUUCAAAUGGAGAUGCGGCACAGAGGGCGAAACGAGUUCGAGUGUCACGUGCAUGUGACCAAUGUCGAGCUGGACGAGAGAAAUGUGAUGGCGCCCGGCCAUGGUGCCAAACAUGCGAAUCGCAGGGGCGGACAUGCACAUAUAACGAGCAGCCCAAGAAGCGAGGCAUACAGCCAAACUACAUCAGGACUCUUGAACUCACCUUAGCUUGGGCCUUUGAGAACUUUCCGGACAGCGAGAAGCGUCUCUCACAGCUUCUUCCGAACACACAGGCACGAGCGCACCAGUUGAUUGCAUGGAAGGACACCAUCCCAGCAGAGGGCUUGCACAAUGUCUGGAGAAACAGUAUAGUGUGCAAACAGAUUGAUCAGAUGCUGUCUGGUGCUGAGAUUGAGCUGCCACGAAUCCCACAAUCUGGACACAAUCGACAAGCCUCAUAUACUGAGGAAAGCGACCCCCAAAGGUCGUAUCAGUCACCGCCAAUGUCAGCACCUUCGGACGGGAGUCUGCUUCCGCAAGGACCUAUCGAAGCACCAGCCGCCACGGCGAGUGCUGUUUCGCCCAGAGAAGUGAGCUCUGCUCCUCGACCUGAAGUUACAGCACAGUCCCAGGUGGCAACGUCUCAAAAUGUAGCACCCGACGAGGACCUGCUCAAGCUCCCUAAAAGCUCGUGGUUGCUGCUAGAGCACUACUUUGCAUUCACACAUACAUGGCUGCCAAUGGUUGAGCGUCAUGAUGUUCUGAAACUCAUGUAUUCUUAUCCCCAUGAAGGCCUACGUCGAGAGGACACAACAGUAUCCGGGCAUGCUGAGCUUUGGAGCAUAAUGGCCAUCGCAUCGCUGCAGAAUGGGGCCACAGCAGAUUUCGAGUAUUGUCGCGGUAUUGCGAGAUCACUGAUCCCACGCGAGCACGGGUUUCAGCUCGGUCAUAUCAAGUGUCUGCUUAUACUUGGCCUGGCAGAUAUCAUGCAGCAAGCAUGGGUCUCAGCUUGGCUGGUAUUUGGCUCCGCAAUUCGUCUGCUGACUCACUUCAAUUUCGGCAAAGGCACAAGAACGACGCUCUUCGAAGGGCGAACAAAGCACACUCUUUUGGCGGCUUUCGUUCUCGAGCGGGCAGUCGCCUCGCAGACUGGCGCGGUCACCCAUAUUAGGCCUGGAGAUAUCCAGAACGUGGGCUUCCUGAUCGAAGACGGACUAGAAGAGUGGUCACCAUGGCAAGACCCACAAGCCAGCUCAAGUACAGCCAAAUCGCCGGCGAGGUCGAUGAGCACAUUCAAUGAACUGGUCCGGUUGUCAUUCCAAGCCCCUGGGGAUCUGGACCCGAGCUCUCCUCAAUCGGCGAAUGCCUUCUCGCUCCUUGGCGCGAUACUUGGUCUUCUCCGCAAUGCCAGUGACAGUAGCAAGCGCCUACAUCCUCAGCAAGCCCUCGCAAAUGCGAGGGCGACUAGUCUAGUAGACACGGUCACGCCACAGGAGCACACACGUACUGGCUCGACGUUGAUAGACUUCUCUUCACCUUUCGUCGAUUCAAAUUAUCCAUUUAUGAGCAUACCGAACGACAGAACGCAAUCGCUGGUCACUGACAACCUUUCGGGCUCGAUGCAGCCCAUAGCAGGACCAAGCCAAUGGAACAGCAAUAAUAGAACUGUAAACGAUCUUCAAGAGGCUGCGAGCGCUGCAGGAGACCCAGGCACGGUCAACAGUGCGCAUGGAGCGGACAUUUUCGAGGAAUUGGCUAUGCUCGAUCGCACAGAUUCGACAGGCAACAAUGAUUUCAUGCAGAAUCUAGGAUUUGGCCCAGAUCUGGAUCUCGCGGAAUUCUUUGGUGCUGAUUAUCAGCCAUCGGAUCCUUUACUUACAUAUAUGCGGCCAAAUACUUACAAUGGCACUGGCCAGGACUUCGACGCAUCUGGAGAUGGCGCUGGUUGAAGACGUGAGCUAACGGAGACCCAAAACACACCCGAAAUUGUCCACUACUCUAGAGUCUUUGGAGAAAGCAAUUUUCUCGGGGACGAUGCUUAGUCGCUGAGCGAACGAAUGUGCGACUAGCCAUCGAACAGUCGUUGAGGGAAAUUAAAGAGCCCUCUGGCAUGCGCCUGCAAAUCUGAGUGCAAACGAACGAAUUCGACAGCCUUCCGAGAAAUGUCAGCGCAUGGCGACUGCAGGCUGAGGAGAGAAUAUGCGGAUGCAAAGCCACGUGCAUGAAACAGGUCGAGUGGCAUAUAUUGGCCAAUGUGACUUCAGCGGCCGCGGAAAAAUUG